CUUCAGAACUGAUGGUAACUAGUAAAAGACAAGAGGUGGGGUGGUGUAGGAUAAAAGGAUGUGAUGGGUGCAUUAGUAAUGGUACCUAUUAUCAGCAUUUCUUCCUCCCUUACCAUUAUCCAUUCCUUCAUCUGUCUUUUCUCCCAGGCUCCUUCUCCACCCAUCACACACUUUUCCCCUUACACAACCCCCAAACUGUCUUCAGCAUAUAUUUCUCCUUUUCCUAGCUACCCUCUGUUCUGAAGAAACGUCACUGGACACAGAAUUUUAGCUCUAUUUCUCUCUCCAUGGAUGCUGCCAGACUUGCUGAGUUUCUCCAGCAAUUGCUGUUUUAUUUAAUUACUAUUCUCUCCUUCCUGACCCUGGGCUAACAUUACAUGCAUGCUGCCUCUGUCCGUUUUGUAUUAUCCUCGUUAAGGGAUGUUAUUGAACAGCUCGGAGCAAGUGGGACUUGAACCCAGGUCCAGAGGUUGGGGCACUACCACUGCACCACAAGAGAACUCCUCCCGCCAAUCCAGGAGUUUGGAAGCCAAUGACGUGGCUGUCAUUAACACAUUCCUGUUUGUUGGAGUUUGCUGCGCUCAGAUUGGUGGUCACACCUCCUACAACAAUCAUUAUACUUUAACUCUGGUGAUUAGAAUUUUUAUUUUUAAAAAGCUGCUCUCUUGUAAAUUGUUCUUUUAAUUAGAAACAAGCCAGAUUUGCGGUAGUUAAGGAAAGUCAAUUUCAAAAUCUGUGGUUGGACGUAACAUGUUUCGGGGUAGCCUGCGAAAGGCGCUUUAUAAAUGCAAGUCUUCCUGGCUUCCCUCUUGAGUGGGGCUGGAGAUUGGGAUUCUGCGGCUCGGGACGUGUAACCUGUCAAAGAUAAUAAAGACGAAUGUGUUGCUGCUGGCUGGCUCUCUCCGUUUCCGUGGUUGCUUGCUGCUUUUCUGACUUGUUCUUAUGGCUUGAAUGUGUCGAUAGCUCCCCCGUACCGGGCUGCAGCCCCUCCUGGCGGCUGUGUGGAGCUCUCUGACCCGCCCCUGCCCGCACACACACACUCCGCCCCUGUUCGCUGGUUAGACCGUGUCUCGCAUGGUCCGGCUCCACUAGCGCCCGCCGGUCCCUCUCGCCUUCCCGGGGGCUGAGCAGCGGCGGCAGCAUGUCCCGGGACCGCUUCGGCAUCCUCAGCACCCGGCAGCUCAGGGAUGUGUUGGAGGAUGAGGAGAAGCUGUGCAGGAUGGUGCAGCUGAGCCCGCAGUUACAGACUCUACAGCUGGAGCGUGAGAUCAUCCUAGCCAGUAAUCGGAAGAUGGCUGAAGACAAUCUCAACUUGCAGCCUCAGCUAGACGACAAAAAGCUACAUUUGGCAAGGAAAUACCAAGAGUUGCAGGAAGUGACUGCAGUUUAUGAGGAUAAGCGGACAAAGCUAGCUGCCUACCUGGAAAGAUACAGCCCAAAGACUGCCCUGGAGAUCCUGCAGAGAGAGGCUGUCAAAACUGAAGAGGAAUCUGAGGAAAUCACUGACACAUUCUUGGCCGGUAAAGUGUCAUUGGAAAGCUUUCUGGAGAGGUUCCACAGGACAAGAAAAGUUUGCCACAUGAGAAAGACGCAAGUGGAGAAGCUUCAGGACCUAAUAAAAAAGGACAGGAAGAAGAAUCAGCAACAUGUGGCGCAUCAGCGGCUGGAGUAUCGCGCAGCUUCACAUAAUGUCCCCCCUCGUCCACAAAAUGGACCUACUGCCCACAGGCUGUACCAGCGCUCUGGUUUUGUGCCUGCCAUUGAGGUAACGUCCCAAGCUGCAAGCCCAUUCUCCAUGCCUUCACCUCCUCCUCAGAGCAAGAACCUGCCUCCUCUCAGCUCACGGGAACGUCAGCCUGUGGUUUCACGCCCCAACACUCCAUUCACACCCCAGGGCUUGCGCUCAGGCCUGCGCAUGCUGGGACAGUUACCCAUCUGGACUCCAAGGCCAUUUAAGCUUCAGCAAGCACACCCAGUGCAGAAGCAACCCCCCUACCGAUAGGAAUAUCGAUUAUUACAUCGGGCAGAUCAAACUGCUGGUGGCAAAGGAUGGAAUGAUACAUUGAAGGACAAAAAAAAAACCACAUCCAAAACAACUUAAAUGGCAAACAGAGAGGAAAUGAAAUGAGUGCUUAAAUAGAAGACAUUUGUUUGAGGAUGAAAGUUAUUUUCAUAUUGGGCCCUCUAGGUUUCUCAGUGGCCAAGCAAGACAUUUCUCACACAGAGGGUAAAGGCCUCAUGUCUACUUCAGCAGCGUGAGUACAAACGAUUGCCUCCAAAUUUCUGGAUGUAGGAACACCACUUUUCCCUUCUGCUAAAAGUUAUUGAAUAUGAACAAAAUUUGCCAUGUUUGAAUGAGAAAACAUCCCUACCUUUUCUCUAAGUGGGAUUUUCCACUAUUUCAGCUCUUUUUCUUGGGAAGAUGGAGUUUACUUUACAAAUCCAUCCAUUUCCAUGGAGACGACAGCUACUAGCCUUGAUUAUAAGGGCCCAGGAAAGUGAAUGGAUAUUUGAGAGACUUGGCAAUUUUUAAAAUUUGUUCUGUAUCUAAUUUCUGAUGUACUUAAUGAGCUGAAGAAAUGGAACCCUAAAAGGAAGUUCAUCUGUCCUCUAAAUGUGACCAACAGAAUGAGUUCUACAGAUGCCAGGGGAGCAUGGGUUUGUGUAAAGAAACUGAGCAGUAUUCCUCUGAUCUAAUUGUAUCUGAAUUGUUUUGUUGUGUCUCGGUUCCUGUUGUGUUUGGCACACCCAUCAUCAAACUGGUCCAGAUUAUAGCUAGGGAAGCUCAAACAGACACUUAGAUCCAUCCAGAAAAUAAACCAGUGCAGCAUCUAUUUGAAGAUCUCCCUCUGACAGUCCGGAAACAAGAAUGGACAGGCCCAACACUUCCACCCCCAGAUUCUGGUAAUCUUCAGAAUUGUCCCUAAAUAUUUGUUCUUGAACUGGCUUGUCCAUUGUGAUGUGGCCAGAUGUCAUUCUUAGGAAUGAAAGUCAGUCAGUAAAUGUCCAUUUGAUCACUUCUGCAUAAUUUUUGAGUGUGAAUGCAUUGAUUAGUGGGCUCAGAUUGCACUUAUGCAAUAACAGAUGAACCAGUCUUGCCUGCACAUAUGAGAAAACCUAAACCAGGUAUGUGCACACACUGGCAUCACUGCCCCACAUGCCUUUUAAAUGUUGCUGCACUACAUCUGCCUUUUUUCAAAUCCUUAUGAUACAAUUCAUACUGGGACCAGAGUAGCACAGCUUCUUCCACUUGAGCUCUAAUGAUCCAAAAAUGCACAGCAUUGCAAUGUUAGACACUUAGUGUCACAUUUCAAAAUGACACACUGUUACAGAUUUCAAAAUGUUUUUAAGAAACAAAAAGCAAAUCAUUGACCUACAAACUGAAAUUUACAAGUAGUUGUAAGAAUUGUGUUCCAUCUGAGGUGCAUGGAUCUCAAUGACAUUCAUGAUAAUUGCUCACCAGUGUCCUUUCUUAGAAAGGGCAGUGCAUGGCCAUGCAAAGCAACUUAAAGGCUUCAGACAUUGAAGUGGACAGAUCAUGCACCCACAAAAAGGAAUUUGAGGGAACAUUGAUAAUAAUUGUGUUGUGAAUGAAUUUGACAGGAGGGCGUGUGGCACAGCAGUCAAACCCUUAAGUCUGGGCCAGAAGCCCUGUGUUCAAAUCUCACGCCAGGUGUUGUUGGCCAUGGGAGGUGCAUUGAUAAUGUGGCCAAACAGACUGAUUGUCAGCCUGUAAGCUCUUCCAAAGCACCCGAUGGUAGGCAGUAAGACUGGGGGAGUUUCUUCAAUUAGCCACCCUUCAGAAGGCAAAGACUAACCACUGAACAAUCCAAAGGAAGCCUGUGACUCAACCCUCAGAAAGAAGGACAUGAGGUAAUACAGAUGCAAUGAAUGAAUUCAGCCAUUUACAAGCAGUUAAAAUGAUCUGAAUUUGCAUAUUUAAAUUCACCAGCUUCAACAUGCACUUCCUUCACCAUUGAUGCACACUGACAGCAGCAUGUAUCUUCUGCAAGAUACACUUCAGUGAUAUAAGAUACAUUCACAAAGUCUCCACAACAGCACCUUCAUAACUCAUGACGUCUACUACCUGCAAGAGUAACAGAUGCAGGAACACCAUCUAUAUGUUCUUUUCCAAAUCAAAAAUCAUCCUGAGUUGGAGCUGUAUCACUGUUGCUGGGUCACAAUCCUGGAAUUCCUACCCGAACAGCACUGUGGGUGUUCCCUUAUAUCACAUAGACUGUAGCAGUUCAAGUAGGCAGCUCACUACCACCUUCUCUGGGACAAUUAGGAGUGGGCAAUAUGGAAUGAGUGACAACCACAUACCAUGAACAAGCAAAAGAAAAUUAGUAUAUUAAUGCAGUAGGCCAGUUGAGGAGCUAAACAUUUGUUUCAAACCUGAGAGUAUUGGUGGGCAAUGUCACAAAGGGUUUGCUAGAUUAUACAAAUCUGUGUAAAAUGUAGGCAUUGAAACCAUAACAAAAGUUUAUUGCACAUUUAAAACCAAAGCACACACAUACAUGGAGUACUGUGUCCAGUUCUGGUUGCCCUGUUACAGGAAGGAUAUUAUUAAGCUGGAGAUGGUUCAGAUGACACUAUGACUCUAUUUCAAGAGAUCCAAAUAAGUUAACAUUUAGCAAUAUUAUACAUUUAGCAGCCAACAGCACUUUGUGCAGCAUUAAAAUAUAUAGACAAGGAAAGUACCUCAGUGCAGUCCCACACAGUGUUCAGAGUUAAUCUUGUCUUGGUUAACGAUAAAGUUUCUGAUACUGGCCUCUGUAUACUUGGCAUAAGGAAGGGAAAGUUAGCGAGAAAUUAUGUGCAGUGUAUCUUCCUGAAAAGUGAUUGUGUUUAAAUGACAGUAAUAGUAUCUCAUCAGCAUUUAUGAUGCUAACCCUCACUAACUAUCCCCAUUUAAAACAAGUAUGCUGUUUUGGAAAAUGCAGGGUGUGAUGGACCUUCGGGGGAUGUAGCA